AUGCAGAAGGAAAGCAAGAUCCUCGCGUCACAUCCUGAAGCAGGCCACCAAGAGCGAAAAAGACAUUUGCAUCCUGAAGCAACAACCCCAGUGACCGAAACCACAGUUUUUGUUUGGGAGGAAAAGAUGGGCAGUGGGCUGCCGCACUCCCCAAUCCCCAUCGCUGCUGCACCUCCUUCUCGUGGAGCACUACCGCAGUCCGUCCUCGUCGACAACCGCCGCCAGUCCUCACCCUUGGCCGUCGCACCUGCGUCCUCGCCCGCUGGCCGCGACCGCCGCACCUGCGUCCUCGCCGUUGGCCGUCGCACCAGCGUCCUCGCCGCUGGCCACGACCGCCGCACCUGCGUCCUCGCCUCCGUCGCACCAGCGUCCUCGCCCGCUGGCCGCGGCCGCCGCACAUGUGUCCUCGCCUCCGUCGAACCCUUGUCGUGGACGCGGAGGGGUCUCAUCUCCACGCCGGCCUCCGCUGGAUCUCCUUCGUUGUCGUCCGCCAUCGUCAAGAUAGAUGGAGAUGGAGAACGAGACCGAAAAUCGGGUGUCCCCAGUUUGAAGAUCUUCAUCAUAGCCAUAACAUGUGAAGAUCUGGAGGCUGUUUUGAUGCUAUUUGAUGUGAAAACAAUUUGCUGUCAAACAUGUUGUAAACCGUACUACUAUUCUGUUCUAAACUGUGCUAUUUUGUUGUAUUUCUAUCAAGUGCUAUGUUAAACGAUACCAAC